AGAUCGGGAUCAUCUCACCUGGGGGAUCAUUCAGCAGCAGAUACUCACCUAGACACAGGUUUACUAUUCCGAAAUAGUCGGUGGUGGUGUCGGUGACUUGGACCUAGUGCAUUAUGGGAAAAGGUCCUCUCCGCGAAGGGAAAGUAGACGCGGCAGACGAGGCUUGGAACGCACAUCCCGGAAGUGGCCCGGAAGUCCGGAGAACUUCCGUCUGUGGUUUGUGUCUAGGUGAGGAUCUGCUGCUGAAUGAUUCCACAGGGCAACCUCCAAGGAGUGACCGUCCUGGACCUUGUGAUGUAAGGGGACACACCUGUGGAACGUCAUACAGCCAAACAUCUUUCCCAAGGAUGGACACAGAUCCAGUAGCUCAGACAAUCUUAAAACUCACUGUGGAUAUUGUCUGUAUGCUGACCGGAGAGGAUUACACAGUUGUGAAAAAGUCUAGUGAGCCUGUAAAACCCCAGGGCUGUCCACCUGGAGGAUUGAGCAGGACCCAGAGCCCCAUCAUGGAGCCUCCACCUCGCUCACUGAUACAUGAGAAACACAAUGACCAGAAGAUCCUGGAACUCACCAACAAGAUCAUUCAGCUGCUGACUGGAGAGGUGUGGAAGUAUUUAGGGCACCAGUAUCGGUACAAGGACAUGAUGGUGCAGAAUCACCCGCUCAUCAGAUUGCAAGAAGUGUCCAAGAUGAGCGAUACAUCAAGAGAACUUCCUAAUUAUGCAACAGAAGAUGGAAGGAUUACAAAGCAGAAAACAGAACCAAAAGUUUCUAGAAUAUGUUCCAGAAAUACUGACAACAGUGGAAAACAUUUGUGUAAAGAAUCAGUCUCAUGUGAUGAUGAAAACCUCACACACACCGACAUGUAUACACCCACAGAUCAUACACGGUAUCCAUCUCAUAUUAAGGAGGAAUCAAUCUCAUGUGAUGGAGGAAACCUCAUAGACACUGAUAAUUCUACACCCACAGCUCUUACACAAUAUACAUCUCAUAUUAAGGAGGAACCAGUCUCUUGUGUUGGAGAAAGCCUUACAGGCCGAGACAUUAAUACAGCCACAAGUCAUACACAGGAUACAUCUCAUAUUAAGGAGGAACCAGUCUCAUGUGGUGGAAGAAACCUUAGAGACACUGACAGUUCUACAACCCCAGAUCAUACACAGUAUAUAACUACUCUAAUUAAGGAGGAAUCAGUCUCAGGCGAUGACGGAAACCUCACAGUCACUGAUAUGUGUAUGCCCACAGAUUAUACAGAGACAAGAUAUACAAUGGAGGAUAACUCCUUAAGAACUCUGGACAAUCGUGAUAAUAAUGAAACCGUUCCAAAAUCUCACCACAUAGCACAACGUACAGACACUCUUUAUAACUACACUGAGCGAGUUCCUAGUAACUCAGCCUAUAACAUACACCAGAGGUUUCCCAACACAUCACAGCCUGGUCACCAGAGUAUAGGCCGAGACAUGUCAUUGUUUACCUGUUCUCAAUGUGGGAAGUGUUUCCCGUCUUCCUCAAAGCUCACCAGACACCAGAGAAUACACACAGGAGAGAGACCGCAUCCAUGUUUUGCGUGUGGAAAAAGCUUCUCGAGUAGCACAAAUCUAACGACACAUCAGAGGAUUCACACUGGAGAAAAACCGUACUCUUGCUCAGAAUGCGGGAAAUGUUUUGCAGGGAGCUCAGAUCUUGUGAAACACCAGAGAACUCACACAGGAGAGAAGCCGUUUGCCUGUUCCUACUGCGAUAAAUGUUUCACCACUGGGUCGAGUCUCGGUAUCCAUCAGAGAGUUCACACCGGAGAGAAAAUAUUCUCUUGCUUCGAAUGCGGAAAACGGUUCAGCUGCAGCUCGUCACUGGUCAAACACCGGAGAAUUCACACCGGGGAGAAGCCAUAUUCCUGCUCUGAGUGCGGGAAAUGUUUUACUAGCGGCACAAACCUUAUUACGCAUCAGAGAAUUCACACGGGAGAGAAACCGUAUUCUUGUUCCACCUGUGGGAAAUGUUUUGGUGGCCGGUCGGAUCUCGUGAAGCAUCAGAGGAUUCACACUGGGGAGAAACCUUACUCCUGCCUUGAGUGUGGGAAAUGUUUUGCCCAGAAGAACUGUCUGAUUAAACAUCGGAGAGUGCACACAGGGGAGAAGCCCUUCUGCUGCUCCGACUGCGGCAAAUGCUUUGCCAGGGGUUCAAAUCUGGUAACGCAUCAGAACGUUCAUACAGGGGAGAAGCCCUACCUGUGCCCAGAGUGCGGGAAAUGUUUUGGGCACAAGAGUAACCUGAACGCACAUUUAAAAAUUCAUUCACAAGUAAAACAAAUUGUCGAAACCCAGUUCUCCUCUAUUGACCCUCCCCUCUUUCAGAAUUCUCGCUAUCCUACGAGUUAUUUUGCAAAUGGACCUCUUAAAAGACAUGGUGUGGCAAUUCUGUUUCAUAACUCUGUCCAUUUUGAGUUGUCUCAUCAAACCUCCGAUAAGGAUGGUCAUUAUUUGAUCUUAGUUGGGAAGCUGGAGGAUAAAGAAAUAACGAUAGUGUCUUUGUAUGCCCCAAACUCCCGGCAAAUUCCUUUUCUGUGGAAACUGUUUGAGACUUCGCAUAAAGUUCAGAAGGGCCAUUUAGUUAUUAUAGGUGAUUUUAAUUUGGACCCUGAUGGAAAAAUUGAUAAAGCUCUGUCCUCUAAGGGCUCAACUCUAAACCUAGACUCCACAAACAAGCUGCAACUCUUAUUGGCGGAGUUCGAUGUCUAUGAUGUUUGGCAUAUUCGCCCUCCUACUGUGAAGGACUAUACUUUCUUUUCUCAUCUCGUACAUCCUGACCACGUAGGCUUUGUGAGGGGCAGACAAGCUUCCGAUAAUACGAGAAGAGUAUUUGAUUUGGCGGAAUACCUCGUAGAAGUGUGUGGGGGGGAAUCUGUUUUUCUCUCCUUAGACACUGAGAAAACGUUCGACUACCUACACUGGGGAUUCCUUAAAGAGGUGUCAUUGAAGACAGGCACGAAGAAAAAUAAGACCAAGACCAAGCUGGACGAGACUCCAAAAUCUGCGGCCCGCCAUUCGUCAGAUCUACGUCAGUUCUUGACUACAUCUAUAACCGGUACGGCCACCACACUAGCUGUCCCUGACUCCCCAAGUCUUCGUACUUCGGUGGAAGACAUGUCGGCUCCACAGACUCCACAACCUCCAUUGUCCGCCUCUUUGACAGCAGAGAUUAGCGAGAUUCUCUCCCAUUUCAAAUCACUUCCCACGAAGCAAGAUUUCUCGGCGUUAGAGACUCGUUUACUGUCUACCAUCAAACGAGAGGUGACUGCGCUGCAACAAGACAUGUCUCAAAUCGCGACCCGCGUCGACAUCCUGGAACGACAUGAGACAUCUAGCUUCACUACUCUCACUAAUUUUCAAGAGGUGAUUUCUCAUCAGCAGAGUGAUAUUGCCUUUCUUAAAUCCCGUGUUGAAGAUAUGGACAACCGUGGAAGGAGGAAUAAUAUCAGGGUCAGGGGGCUCCCGGAAAGCGUCCAGCAAGCUGAUCUGACGAAUGCAUUAACAACGAUAUUUGGAGAGCUUAUUGAUUUGGACCCGAAUGGGGACAUUAUGUUCGAUAGAGCUCACCGUGCUCUCCGACCUCGAGGUUUGCCGUCGGACAGGCCAAGAGAUGUGAUCUGUAGGCUCCACUAUUAUGCUCAAAAGGAGGAGAUACUAAGAAAGGUCCGUCAGCUGGAUAAUAUUUAUUUCCAAGUUUUGGAGGCUGCUGAAGCUCUCUUUGAGGGGGCGGUGGUGAUGGGGGGUGAUUUAAACUGGACUCUCGACCCCCUUCAAGAUACCUCUAAGAAAGUUGCCUUUCGGUCGGAGAAGGAGUAUAGGAGAGUGGUGAAGAGAGGAAUCUCAGGAACCGUCAGGAUAUCCAGUCCAAUCCCGCUUAACGCGUUUCGGUUAUUACCUUUCUCAAAAGCGGAUUCCGCUUUUGAGAAAGGUAAUAACCGAAACGCGUUAAGCGGGAUUGGACUGGAUAUCCUGACGGUUCCUGAGAUUCCUCUCUUCACCACCUGGAAGGAAAGCCAAGAUGCAGAUGGCUUGGAUGCCCCUUUAUCUACCGAGGAAGUCACGAAGGCCAUUGAUUCUUCGCCCAAUGGUAAAAGCCCGGGCCCUGACGGGUUUACUAUUGCCUACUAUAAAGCCUUCAAGGAAAAGUUGACCCCUCUCCUUACGAGAGCCUUCAACACCAUCUCCGACACUUCACUUUUCUCCUCUCAAUCCCUUGAAGCUCAUGUCACAGUUUUACCUAAAGAGGGUAAAGAUCCCAGUCUCUGUGCUAGUUACCGGACGAUUUCGCUGCUGAACAUUGAUAUAAAACUUUUUGCUAAACUUGUUGCAAAUCGUCUUAAACUAUUGUUGCCGGAUUUGAUUCAUGGAGACCAGGCUGGUUUUGUCUUAGGCCGCGAGGCCAGAGAUAAUACGUCUAAGGUGCUUAGUAUGAUUCACUAUGCCAACCAAUCCACGUCCCACUCGAUCCAGUUAUCGACUGAUGCUGAGAAGGCAUUCGAUAGGGUGGACUGGGAUUUCUUGUUUGGGACUAAGCAGCAGAAUGGUGCGCUUCACAAGCUCAGAUCAGAGAAGAAGGAGCAGAAUGGUGCGCAUCACAAGCUCAGAUCAGAGAAGAAGGAGCAGAAUGGUGCGCAUCACAAGCUCAGAUCAGAGAAGAAGGAGCAGAAUGGUGCGCAUCACAAGCUCAGAUCAGAGAAGAAGGAGCAGAAUGGUGCGCAUCACAAGCUCAGAUCAGAGAAGAAGGAGCAGAAUGGUGCGCUUCACAAGCUCAGAUCAGAGAAGAAGGAGCAGAAUGGUGCGCAUCACAAGCUCAGAUCAGAGAAGAAGGAGCAGAAUGGUGCGCAUCACAAGCUCAGAUCAGAGAAGAAGGAGCAGAAUGGUGCGCAUCACAAGCUCAGAUCAGAGAAGAAGGAGCAGAAUGGUGCGCUUCACAAGCUGAGAUCAGAGAAGAAGGAGCAGAAUGGUGCGCAUCACAAGCUCAGAUCAGAGAAGAAGGAGCAGAAUGGUGCGCAUCACAAGCUCAGAUCAGAGAAGAAGGAGCAGAAUGGUGCGCAUCACAAGCUCAGAUCAGAGAAGAAGGAGCAGAAUGGUGCGCAUCACAAGCUCAGAUCAGAGAAGAAGGAGCAGAAUGGUGCGCAUCACAAGCUCAGAUCAGAGAAGAAGCAGCAGAAUGGUGCGCAUCACAAGCUCAGAUCAGAGAAGAAGGAGCAGAAUGGUGCGCAUCACAAGCUCAGAUCAGAGAAGAAGGAGCAGAAUGGUGCGCAUCACAAGCUCAGAUCAGAGAAGAAGGAGCAGAAUGGUGCGCAUCACAAGCUCAGAUCAGAGAAGAAGGAGCAGAAUGGUGCGCAUCACAAGCUCAGAUCAGAGAAGAAGGAGCAGAAUGGUGCGCAUCACAAGCUCAGAUCAGAGAAGAAGGAGCAGAAUGGUGCGCAUCACAAGCUCAGAUCAGAGAAGAAGGAGCAGAAUGGUGCGCAUCACAAGCUCAGAUCAGAGAAGAAGGAGCAGAAUGGUGCGCAUCACAAGCUCAGAUCAGAGAAGAAGGAGCAGAAUGGUGCGCAUCACAAGCUCAGAUCAGAGAAGAAGGAGCAGAAUGGUGCGCAUCACAAGCUCAGAUCAGAGAAGAAGGAGCAGAAUGGUGCGCAUCACAAGUUCAGAUCAGAGAAGAAGGAGCAGAAUGGUGCGCAUCACAAGCUCAGAUCAGAGAAGAAGGAGCAGAAUGGUGCGCAUCACAAGCUCAGAUUAGAGAAGAAGGAGCAGAAUGGUGCGCAUCACAAGCUCAGAUCAGAGAAGAAGGAGCAGAAUGGUGCGCAUCACAAGCUCAGAUCAGAGAAGAAGGAGCAGAAUGAUAGAGGCACACUGGGGAUGGAGAAGGUCGCAGAUUACAUGACUGAAAGCAUAAUAAAUCUCACCCUGGAGAUUAUCUACCUGCUGACUAGGCAGGAUUACACAGUCGUAAAGAAGACGUCUGGUGAAUGUGUGACACCUAGGAGUCAUCCCUGUGUGUCAGGAGGACUGAACAGGAUCCAGAGCCCCAUCAUAGUGUCUUCACCCCACUCACUGAUACAUAAGAGAGACAAUGACCAGAAGAUCCUGGAACUCAGCAACAAGAUCAUUCAGCUGCUGACUGGAGAGAAGUGCCAGCAUAUCAAACAUCACAAGGAUCUGUGCAAAGAAUUAACAAUGGACAAUCACCAGAGCCUUAGUUCUUUGAAACUAAACAAGGACAGGAAUCAGAUGGCAAAGAGAUUGUUGAAUAUCACCCUGGAGAUCAUCUACCUGCUGACUGGGGAGUAUCUUAUGGUUGUGAAGACGUCCAGUGAGCAUGUCACUCUCAAAGACAGUCCUCAUGUCUUAGAAGGACUGAGCAGGACCCAGAGCCCCAUCACAGGGUCUCCACCUCACUCAUUGAUAAACGAGAGAGACAAUGACGAGAAGAUCCUGGAACUCACCAAUAAGAUCAUUCAGUUGCUGACUGGAGAGCAGGAUUGGGAGCAUUUCGACAGACACAAGGGUUUUUGCAAGGACCCGAUUAUGGAGAAUCAUCGGCCCCUCGCGUCACUGGCAGAAUUACCAGUGGCUGGUCCAUCUGACUAUCGAUCUACUGAUAUUAAGAAGGAAUCGGUCGUGUGUGAGAGAGGAAAUAUCGCAGACACUGACAUGUAUACACCCACAGAUCAUACACAGUAUACAGCUACUCAUAUCAAGGAGGAAUCGGUCUCAUGUGAUGGAGGAGCCCUCACACACACUGAUAUUGAUACGGUCACAGAACUGCAGCAGUCAGAUUAUUUGCGUAUAAAAAUUAAGAAGGAACGCGACUCAGACGUAGAAGGAAACCUCACUAAUACAGACAGUGAUACUCCUUCGGAAGAGUUACAGCCAGAUUAUAUACAUAUUAAGGUGAAGGAGGAAUCUGAAUCAGAUGAGGAAGGAAAUCUCACCGAUACUGACAUCGAGAACCCCCUAGAAGAGUCAAAUUUUAAUUCUGUAACUAUCCGAAUUAAGGAGGAAUCCGAUUCAGGUGAUGAAAAUCCCACAAACCCUGAUCAUGCCCAGGAUUCAUCCGCAGAUACGGAGAAGGAAUCGACCUUUGGUCAGGAAUCGUUUUGUUGCCCCGAUUGCGGAAAGUUGUUUAAAUCCAAGCCAAAUCUCGCUCAGCAUCAGAAAAUCCACAGGGGGGAGAAGCCCUUCAGGUGCUCCGAAUGCGGCAAAUGUUUUAUCACAAAGUCCAAUCUCGUUCAGCACCAGAGAACUCACACAGGGGUGAAACCCUACUCUUGCUCUGAAUGUGGGAAAUGUUUCAUCAGCAAGUCCUACCUUGUUGUGCACCACCGAAUCCACACGGGUGAGAAACCCUACUCGUGCACGGUGUGCGGGAAGUGUGUCAUCAGCGUUUCCGAUCUCGCUAGGCACCAGAAAAAGCACACUAGGGAGAAGCAGUUUUCCUGUACCGAUUGUGAGGCCAGUUUUGUGCUGUACUCUGAACUUUUUGCGCACCAGCGAACUCACACAGGGGAAAGGCCGUUUUCCUGUCCUGACUGUGGGAAAUGUUUCAAACGCAAUUCGCAGCUGACCAAACACCUGAAGAUCCACACAGGGGAAAAGCCGUUUUCUUGCUUCCAGUGUGGGAAAUGUUUUGUCAGCAAUUCGGAUCUGGUCAGGCACAGGAAAAUCCACACCGGCGUAAAACCAUAUUCGUGUUCUGAGUGCGGGAAAAGCUUCAUCAGUAAAUCGAAUCUGUUGGUGCACCAAAAGAUACACACCGGAGAGAAGCCGUUUCCUUGCUCCGAUUGCGGGAAAUGUUUUAUCAGUAACUCGGAACUCGUCAAGCAUCAGAGGAUUCACACAGGGCUGAAGCCGUACUCUUGCCCAGAUUGCGGGAAAUAUUUUACCAGUAACUCCUAUGUUGUCAUACAUCAGAGAAUUCACUCAGGAAAAAAGCCGUAUUCCUGUUCCGAAUGUGGAAAAUCUUUUAUCACCAACUCGCAUCUGGUCGUCCAUCAGAGAAACCACACAGGAGAGAAGCCUUAUAUGUGCUCCGAGUGUGAAAAGAGUUUUAUCACUAAGACGGAACUUGUCCGACAUCAGAGAGUUCACACUGGAGACAGGCCCUACACUUGCUCGAAGUGCGGGGAAUGUUUUAGCAAUAACUCUGAUCUUGUUUCUCAUCAGAGAAGCCAUUCGGGUAAGAAACCGUUUUCUUGCUCGGACUGUGGGAAGUGUUUUAAUAGUAACUCACACCUGGUUAGACAUCAGAGAAUUCACACGGGAGAGAAACCGUUUCCUUGCUCCGACUGUGGGAAAUGUUUUAACAGUAACUCGCAUCUUGUUAGACAUCAGAAAGUUCAUGUAGGAGAUAAACCAUAAUCCUUUUCGGAAAGAGUGAACUGUUUUCAGAGCUUCUAACCAGGUGCCUUAUUCAGAAUCAGUCUUAACCUCAAGUUGUGGCUGUUUUUGGUUUCACAGUGGCGUAUUUUUUUGCACUGUGCAUGCAGGUCUUUUUGCAACCCGCUUUUUUAUUUUUGUCUCAAGUCUGACUUGAGACCCUCUGAGGCCAGAGCAAGGAUGGGUGUGGACUCGCCGAAAGUUGGCAUGAAUGCGACUACAGAGGGCAUGCAGUCAGAACGAAAGUAUAUUAUAGGUGUGUUCUGGGUGCGCAGUAUCAUGACAAAUAUGGCUGCCAAAAAGUAACAGACACAGCCUCCUGAUUGGAUCUGAGCCUCGUGUGUGAAAAAGUUGACAGUGAAGACUGCACCUUUAAUAUAUUUCUCUUGUGUGCUGCAAAUUUUCAGCAUUUUUGCGGCUGACUGGCAAUAGGUCACAGAGAUGUAAUUAUUUAUUUUUUUAAAUAGAAAAUAGUGAUUACAUUUCAAACUAACACGGAAUACGGCCCAAGGCAACCAAAGUUAUGCUAUAUACAUAUAUAUACAAAUCAACAGGUUAAGGCCUUUUUUUGUUCUUUUAUUUGGACAUAUAGCUUAAGACCAGAAGAUGUGUCGUGAAAUAUCUCUUUAUUUAGUUUUAUUUCCACAUAAUUUUAUUAAAUUAUUUCACUACUGA